AUGGAUCCUACAGUUGCAACGGAGAAAGGAGGAAGUUACAUUGAUGAUGAUGAUGAAGACGAGGAGAAGGACGUUUGCAGGAUCUGCAGAAACCUAGGAGACGCGAACAAUCCGCUUCGGUAUCCGUGCGCCUGCAGCGGGAGCAUCAAGUUUGUGCACCUGGAUUGCCUCAAUAAGUGGCUUAUUUACAGAAGAAACUCUCGUCGAUGCGAGGUUUGCAAGCAUCCGUUUUCGUCGUCCCCGGUGUAUGCUGAAAAUGCUCCCACAAUUCUCCCUUUCCAUGAGUUUGUACUUGGCACAGUGAAGAAAGCUCGCCGUUGCCGGACUUUGCGCUUGUUUCCGCGGUUGUGUUUUCGGCUUUCAGUCACGCUUCUCUCUGUUCAUUUCGUUACAUUUUGGAUAUGGCGAUUUGCUUUUGUGCGGAGUUUUGGUGAAGCUCAGAGGUUGUUCGUAAGCCACAUCUCCACCACAGCUAUUCUCACCGAUUGUUUGCUCGGGUCAUUACUAUCGGCUUGUCGUCUCUUAAUUUUCAAGGGAGCGACUUCAUUGCGGGAUUACUUGCGAGAGUUGGGAGGACAAGAAGAGAGAGAAGAUGAAGGGGAGAGAAAUGGUGUUCGUGCCGCAAGAAGACCUCCUGGAGAGGGAAACGGCGAAGUUGCUGGAGAUCAGGGUGCUGCUGUUGGUGGUGCACAAGACCGUCACGUUCCAUUUUACCAACUAGUUGGAAUUCCAGGUCCGGUGUUCCGUUUCGUUAAGAAGGUCUUUACUACUGUAGCAAGAAAUGUGUUAUUCGUUGGUGUUGUCAUCUUUGUGCCCUUCACAUUAGGACGGGUUAUACUGUAUCAUGUGUCGUGGCGUUUUACUGCUAGAGUCCCUGCCGUGACCGGAUCAAUGCAUUUGAUAGAUACUGGACUAUCAUUGUUGACUUCUGUCUCAAAUUUGACCAACGAGGGCCAAGAAAAUGGACUGCUUGGUCAGCUCACAGACAUGAUUCAAGUCAAUGGGAAUGGAGCAAACAAUACUCUAUCUCUUGCUGCUGAUCUCAUGAAAGGUUCUGUUGCUAAAUCAUCAAAGCUUUCUGAUGCUACAACUCUGAUUGUUGGGUACAUGUUUAUAGUCUUUCUGGUGUUCCUUUACCUCGGGAUCAUUGCGCUGAUUCGUGAUGCCAAGGGUGAGCCACUGACCGUUGGGAAAGUUUAUGGUAUCGCUGCUAUAGUAAAAGCCGUACCAUCCCUUCUUAGGCCGUUCUUGCCAGCUAUGAGGCUUGGAUCCUUUUAUGUGGUCGUCGUGCUUGGGAUCUCCCCACUGAUGUAUGGGUGGUGGUUAGAUGUUUGCACUGUUAGGAUGUUUGGUAAAAUAAUGUCCCACAGAGUACAGUUUUUAUCAGUUUCGCCACUGGCAAGCUUACUUGUUCAUUGGGUUGUUGGAGCCAUGUACGCGCUGCAAGUAAACUACAUCAUCUGCCUUCUGGGAAAGGUUCUUCGCCCUGGAGUUUUGUAUUUCCUUAUUGAUCCUGAAGAUACUUAUGCUACCUUCCGAGGUUUGAUUGAUGUUCCAGUACACAAGCUUGCUCGGGAGGUUUUGUUAGAAUAUGCAAUCGAUGGGAGUUUGACUGUCAUUCUGGUUUUUUUACCAGUCAAACUUGCGAUAUGGAUGGCUCCUUCAAUAUUCCCACUCGAUAUAUCGUAA